AUGCAGCGCUCGUGUAUACGACUGGCGGAAUCUGUAACAACCACGCCAUUAGCUCUGCAAGAGGCAAACGCUGCAUUACCACGUCUAGAGCCGCUUUUCCGCCAAAUUCUACGGUCCCACUGGUCGGAAAUGCGUUCUCUGGGAGAUGAUUAUGUGAAAGCCGAUAAUCGG